CCUCGGUUGGUAACACGAGUUAGAUGUUUAUCCCGGUGUGCCUAAUUUUAUUAUUCGUUUGUUUGAUACCAUUUUGCUUCUUAUUGUCAUAUACUCGCUCCCUACCCCUUUCUGAGUCACUCGCGUUCACAUGAUAAGCCCUCGCCUUAUCUUCACACGGCUCCACUAUGUGCCGGACUUGGGGAAAAUCUUGGGGGUCAUAGCAAAGAUAUAACUUUGUACAGCCAUCACCCUUCGUCUUCCUUACCACACCAUUACCCAAUGAAACUCCAAACUAUACUCCAAUGGGCUAUCUGCCUCUCUCCUGUUCUUUCUGACCAAAAAGUCUUCCAGUUCCCCCAAAAGCUCUCCAUCUUCCAGGAGGCGCAGCUCUUGUUUGACGCCAGCCCCUUGGUCCACGACACAGACGUGAAGGCAGUAUGGCACGAGUUAGAAACGUCGAUGCCGCAGAAACUCCAGGCGGCAAUGGACAAGUUCCAGAGAAGGGGUGACAAGGUCCAUGCCCGUCCGAUGGCCAAGCGUCCUACCGCGAAGCACGACGAAACCGUCACCAAGACGGAGUUUCCUAACCACGCGCUUAGGGUAAAAAAGGCAAACCCGGAGAAGCUUGGGAUCGACCCGAAAGUUAACCAGUAUUCUGGUUAUUUGGACAUCCUUGACCAAGACAAGCACUUCUUCUACUACUUCUUCGAGUCACGGAACGACCCGGCGAACGACCCGGUGAUUCUCUGGCUCAACGGUGGCCCUGGGUGCUCCUCGAUGACGGGGUUGUUCUUUGAGCUCGGGCCAGCCUCGAUUGGGGCUGACUUGAAGCCAAUCCACAAUCCCCACUCGUGGAACUCCAACGCCAGUGUGAUCUUCUUGGAACAGCCAGUGGGCGUGGGCUACUCCUACUCAUCCAAGCUGGUUGGUUCCACGGAUGCUGCAGCGGUGGAUGUUUUUGCCUUCUUGGAGCUCUUCUACCAGAAGUUUCCUCAGUUUUUGCGCAACGCCUUCCAUAUUGCGGGCGAGUCGUACGCAGGACACUACAUCCCGCGGUUUGCGUCUGAGAUCAUCAACCAUGCGGACCGCUCGUUUGAAUUGACCUCUGUGUUGAUUGGCAACGGGAUCACCGAUUCGCUCAUCCAGUACGCCUAUUAUCAGCCGAUGGCCUGUGGAAAGGGCGGCUACAAACAGGUGAUCACCGACGAACAGUGUACCGCGAUGGACAGUGCCUUCCCCCGCUGCAAGAGGCUUGUGCAGUCUUGCUACGACACCGGCUCUGCCUUCGCGUGUGUUCCGGCUGAAUUGUACUGUGAGAACAAGCUCAUGGGGCCGUACGCCGAUACCGGCUUGAACGUAUACGACAUCCGGAUGAAGUGCGAGAACGACGGCGAGAACUGCUACAAGCAGAUGGACUACAUUGACGAGUACAUGAACUUGGAUGAGGUCAAGGAAGCCUUGGGAGCUGAGGUUGACAUAUACACCCUGUGUGACGAUACCGUCUUCCGCAAUUUCAUCUACUCCGGGGAUGGGCCAAAGCCGUUCCAGCAGUACGUAAAGGAGUUGUUGGAGCACGGCGUGCCGGUGUUGCUCUAUGCCGGUGACAAGGACUUCAUCUGCAACUGGUUGGGGAACCAUGCGUGGUCUGAUGCCUUGGACUACACGGAGCAUGAAGGGUUUGCCAAGACGGAAAUGAAGAAGUGGCACGGGAUCACUGGAGCCGAGGGUGCCGGUGAGGUCAAGAACUAUGGUAAUUUCACUUUCUUACGGGUGUACGAUGCCGGCCACAUGGUUCCGUUCGACCAGCCGGAGAAUUCGUUGAACAUGGUUAACAGAUGGGUUUCAGGGGACUACACCUUUGGAAACUAGCUCCACCACAGAGCCUCUGCGCUUGAUGCUGAACUAGCUGCUCUGAGCUAGCUGCUCUGAGCUUUUAAGCUAAAAAUAUUAGAUUGAGCUAUUUUUAUUUAUAAAUAGAUCAAGUAAUAACAAACGUAGAGGUGUGUUGAAUUAUCUUAUUGCAU